ACGGCCGCGAGGGAAGCCGGCUAGCGCUAGGACCGCGCCGCUCCGCCCGCCCGCCCGCUCGCCCGCUGCUAUAAGAGGCCGCUCGGGGCCCCACGCGGAACCGGCUCCGCGCCGCUGUCCCCGCGUCCCCACCCGGCUCGAGUUCAGCGCAAGCCCAGGCAGAGUCCCCGGCCUUCGAGGGGGCGCCCCCCGUCCCCCCGGGCCCCGCCGCGCACCAUGGGCGCUGCCCACUCGGCGUCCGAGGAGGUGCGGGAGCUCGAGGGCAAGACCGGCUUCUCCUCCGACCAGAUCGAACAACUGCACCGGAGAUUCAAGCAGCUGAGCGGGGACCAGCCCACCAUCCGCAAGGAGAACUUCAACAAUGUCCCUGACCUGGAGCUCAACCCGAUCCGAUCCAAAAUUGUUCGUGCCUUCUUCGAUAACAGGAACCUGCGUAAGGGACCCAGUGGCCUGGCUGAUGAGAUCAACUUCGAGGACUUCCUGACUAUCAUGUCUUACUUCCGGCCCAUCGACACCACCCUGGGCGAGGAGCAGGUGGAGCUGUCCAGAAAGGAGAAGCUGAAAUUUCUGUUCCAUAUGUACGACUCGGACAGCGACGGCCGCAUCACCCUGGAAGAAUAUAGAAAUGUGGUGGAGGAACUGCUUUCUGGAAACCCGCACAUCGAGAAGGAGUCAGCUCGGUCCAUUGCAGAUGGAGCCAUGAUGGAGGCAGCCAGUGUGUGUGUGGGGCAGAUGGAACCGGACCAGGUGUACGAGGGGAUCACCUUUGAGGACUUCCUGAAGAUCUGGCAGGGAAUCGACAUCGAGACCAAGAUGCACAUCCGCUUCCUCAACAUGGAGACCAUCGCCCUCUGCCACUGACCUGCCGCCACUGGCCAACGCAAGGGAGGGGGUGGUUGGAAGCUGGAAGUGGCGAGGUCCACUGUUCAGCCCUUUGCCUAAGCUGCUGUGACAGUACCCCUUCGCUUAUCCUUCCCGUGGGGUGUGGGUGUGGUGUGCGGGACUCUGCUGUUUUUAUUUCUAAUGAUGACAAUAAAGGUUUCUUAAUGA